UCGAUAUUAAAUUUUGUCAUUCCAUUUAGUUUACAAGUGUCCAUUCUAAGCACUGCAGAUCGAUGACAAAAUCUUUUAGGGUUUUCCAUUUUUUUUGUUUUUGUGUGAAGUGAAUAUGUCAAAGAUUGUGGCGAUGUAUAGUUAGCAUUAAAUUGAAUGUAAUUAUAAUUGCAUAUUAUAAGUGCAAACAUCGAUGAAACAUUAUGAAUUAUUAAUAACUAGCUGGUCAUAGUUGGAAUCACAACAUGGCAUCUCGCAGGUGAGGCACGUUUUUAUAUAAAAAAAAUAUGUAAUUAACACAAUUCACGGACAAUCUGUGAACAAGCCUACUUAUUUAUUGGUGUUAACCGUGGAUUAGUCAAAUAGACUCAGAGAUGGUUCCAUCCGAAUAUAUCGGGUUUAGAAGCAGAACGUCUAUUAAUGGAACGGGGUUAUGAUAGUUCAUUUUUGGCACGUCCAAGUUCAUCUAAUCCUGGUGACUUUACAUUAUCUGUUAGACGUAAUGGUGAAGUGACCCAUAUUAAAAUACAAAAUACAGGAGAUUUUUAUGAUCUUUAUGGUGGUGAAAAAUUUGCAACAUUAUCAGAACUUGUACAAUUUUAUAUGGAAAAUGGAGGACAAUUACGUGAAAAGAAUGGAGAAAUUAUUGAACUAAAAUAUCCAUUAAAUUGUGCUGAUCCAACUACUGAAAGGUGGUUCCAUGGCCAUUUAUCAGCUAAAGAAGCAGAACGUUUAAUGUUGGAGCGAGGUAAAAAUGGAUCUUUUCUGGUUCGUGAAUCCCAGAGUAAACCUGGUGACUUUGUCUUAUCUGUUCGCACAGAUGAUCGUGUUACACAUGUUAUAAUACGAUCUCAGGAUAAUAAAUAUGAUGUUGGAGGGGGUGAUAAAUUUGAUAGUUUAAGUGAUCUAAUAGAACAUUAUAAACGUAAUCCAAUGGUUGAAACAAGUGGAAGUGUUGUUCAUUUACGACAACCUUUUAAUGCUACUCGAAUAAAUGCCAGUGGUAUUGAAAGUAGAGUAAGACAAUUACAUAAAGAAAAUGGUUGUUCAAAUGGAUGGUUGUGGAAUGGAGCUACAAGUAGCAAUGAAUGUGGUGCAGGACGUGGUAAAGGAAAAGCUGGAUUCUGGGAAGAAUUUGAAUCAUUGCAACAAUUGGAAUGUCGCCAUUUAUUUUCCAGAAAAGAAGGUUUACGUCCCGAAAAUCGAGCAAAAAAUCGAUAUAAAAAUAUUUUACCAUUUGAUCAUACAAGAGUGCGUUUAAAGGAUGUUGAUCCAAAUAUUCCUGGAUCUGAUUAUAUUAAUGCUAACUAUAUUAAGAAUGAAGAAGGUGAUGGACAAAGUACUGGAAUUAAUACUUCUAAUGAUGGAGGUUCAUUUAAUAAAUGUUAUAUUGCAACUCAAGGUUGCCUUCCAAAUACAAUUCAAGAUUUUUGGCAUAUGGUAUAUCAAGAAAAUACACGAGUAAUAGUUAUGACUACUAAAGAAAUGGAAAGAGGAAAAAAUAAAUGUGCUCGAUAUUGGCCAGAAGAAGGUGAAGUUACAGAAUAUGGAGGUGAAUGGAAAGUGCGGGCUUUAUCUCGUACUUCAACAGCAGAUUAUACAUUGCGAGAAUUUUUAUUACAUGGAAAUAGAUUAGGUUUUGCAGAUUCCAGACGGAUUUAUCAUUAUCAUUUUCAAGCAUGGCCUGAUCAUGGUGUUCCAUCUGAUCCCGGAUGUGUAUUAAAUUUUCUUCACGAUGUUAAUGCGAGACAAGAAUCAAUUGCUGCUUCUCUUGCUUCAAGUGGUCAAGCUGUAACAAGUAUAGGGCCAAUUCUUGUACACUGUAGUGCUGGAAUUGGUAGAACUGGAACAUUUAUUGUUAUCGACAUGAUUCUUGAUCAAAUUAAGCGUCAUGGAUUGGAUUGUGAAAUUGAUAUUCAGAGAACAAUUCAAAGAGUACGUUCACAAAGAUCAGGGAUGGUUCAAACAGAAGCACAAUAUAAGUUUGUUUAUUUGGCUGUAUUACAUUAUAUUGAAACUGUAUCUCAACGAAUGCAAGCCGAACAAAAAUCUCUUCAUUUAGGGCGAGAAUAUACUAAUAUUCGUUAUAAAAGUGAAACAAAUACUACAACUAUGGGUGAAAUUUCGAUCCCUACAUGUACUACAACUCUUUCAACAUCAGCACAUUUUACAUUAUCUAACUCUAUCAAUAAUUUGAGGCCAAAGUAAUUAAUGUUAAUGCAUCAAAUAAUGUCAAAAGCAAAGAAGAGGCUUUGUUACUCUUACCAUAUGUGGUUUUGAGCUUUCGAUAUUAUUAAUAUUAUUCGUAUUUUGUAAAAAUUUAAUUUUUUAAUUAAUUGGUUAUUUGAAAUAUUUUUCAAAAUAUGUGUUAUCAUAACGAAUUCAAUAUACAGUGUAUGUAUUUAUUAUAUACAUACACAUAUGAAUAUAAAUAAUGUGUAGAAAUUAUAAUAUUAUCACUUUACAUUUAAAUUGUUGAUAAAACGUAAUGAGAAGUAUGUCAAAAUAUUAUAGAAAAAUAUUUGUUCUAUUUUACAAUUUAAUAGCAGUACUAAAUAAUGAGAACAAGAAUAUUAGAAUGCAAAGUCUCA